UCAAAUACCAACUACAACACGUUGAAAUUUUGAAUCUGUACAGGAAAUAUUGCGGUAGGCAAAGAAGGUGAAACUGCAUGUCUGGUGUUUCGUCAUAAUCACUGACAUAAUCGUCACAAAGCAAUGGACACAACCCUAUCUCAUCUACUCUUUCUUUUCUACACAUCCAAGUUUGUCGUUGCCGUAGAAUUUCAAAAUGUAAGAUGUUUCAACUGUCAAGUUGAAAGCUCAAGAAAAUGUCCGGCUCCGGCCUUGUCUCGCUGCGUUCCAGUGCGUGGGCCUGAUCAAUGUCCGGACGAACGGUCGGUCUGCUAUUUCGUCACUACCUGGUCUCGUCAAGAUGGUCUACCUGCCAGUCUUGGGAAUGCUUGUGGCGUUGAGGGAAAUCAAUAUUGUAGCUCGACUGAGUGCGACUGCUAUUGCAUUCAGCGAAAAUACACUGAUAAUCCUUCCAGAUACGCUCUAAAGAUGUCUGAAGGUCGUCAACAACCUGCUAUUUCAGGUCAGCAAGAAGAGAUUUCAAUCCAAUUUCAAGACCGUUACAAGUCUUAUCUGGCGCUUAAACCACCCGACGACGUCGCCGACAGACUGAGCUUUUCUUUCGACAUCCAACCGAAUUCACCAGACGGCUACAUUUUUCUCUUUCAAGUAGGAACGGCCUACGCUGCCCUGUACCUCGAGAAGAGCAGACUAGUACUAGCGUUUGACCUCGGCACAGGACCAGCGAUCAUAAAGAGUAGACAAAUACUGAAGAACGGCAGAUGGUAUGCAGUAAAGGCAAUGCGUAGAGGCAAAGGAGGUAUCGUAGACGUUGACGGCGCUAAAGUCGGAGGUCGUAGUCGUGGAUCUAGGAUUCGAUUUACUGCUUCAAAAGAAAAAAGCGGUAAAUUUCAGCUUCUAAUGGGAGGUGGUCCACGUCCCAACGAGCCCUCAUCUACUCUCUCUGGGUUCUCGGGAUGUCUAAGAAAGUUACGAGUUAACGGUAAGGCGUUUACAGCAAUGGCAACGCACAAGCUGGAAGGUCGCAGUGUUACAGCGUGCAACAUGCCGCAUCCUUGCGACCGUUUCAAAACGGACUGCGGCGUCGGAGGAGCGUGCGUGGUAGACUACCCACCGUCUGAAAACAAACCGCGUUGCCUCUGCUCGGCGGGUUUUGUUUAUAGCGGUUCGUCGUGUCAACCUGGGCCUGAAGUGUGCGAAAAGGGUCACUUUCGAUGUGUCAACGGCGGAGCGUGCAAGUACGACGGAGUGCGAGUUUAUUGCGUUUGUAAAGCUGCCUUCACAGGAAAACAUUGUGAGACUAAGGAAACAUAGAAAUGUUAGGGUUCGAAGCGACUACGCUCAAUCAUCUCUAGACUACACAAAAUUGCGUCCAUCAGCCUUUCAAUUGAU